ACCGAAUAGCAGCAGUUAUUCUCCUACCUUAUUCGCCAUUUCAUUUAUUCUCACUCCCUUAUCCCCAUUUUUUAUUCCCAAAUUUUGAUUCUUAUUACUGUUGUUCCCAUUCCCCAUUACUACUCCAUGAGCCUCCGCGACUCCGACGACCUCGACGGGGCCUCCUCCCCCACGAUCGAGGACGAAGACGAGGACGGGAGCCGGAACCCUAGCGACUCGUCGUCGCCGGCGCCGGCGCCGAGCGUGGCGGCGGCGCCGGCGCGGCGGUGGAGGGACGUGUUCUGGCUCCUCGUCUUCGUCCUCCACCUCCUCCUCGUCGGCUCCGCGCUCGUCCUCCUCGGCCUCAACCGGUUCCGCAAGGCCGAUCGGCUCAACAUCGACCGGUUCACCAACAUCACCAUCGGCGGCGGCGCCGCCGCGGCGCCGCGGGAGGCGGAGGUGGUGGCGCCGCCGCAGCGGGAGCAGGGGCCGAGUGGGGAGCUCACGGAGACGUUCUGGCCCUUCUACGGCGCGGCGGCGGGGGUCGGGGCGGCGAUCGCGGGGGCGUGGCUCGCGCUGCUGGGGCGGCGCGCGGGGCAGAUGAUGAAGGUGUCGGUGCACAGCCUCACCACUUACCUCGCCGUGAUCAGCGUGCUGUGCUUCUGGGGGAAGCACUUCUUCUGGGGGGUCGCUUUCGCUGUUGGGGCCCUUCUGCAGUUCCUCUAUGUCAUGUCCGUGCUCGAUAGGUUUCCCUUCACAAUGCUGGUUUUGCAGAAGGCCGUGAAAAUGGUUUGGGGCCUUCCAGAUGUGAUGAGAGUAGCCUAUGCUUUUAUUCUCAUCAUGCUCUGUUGGAUGGUACUAUGGUCAUUUGGAGUAGCUGGUAUCGUCGCCUUAAGUAUGCAUGAUAGCGGUCGUUGGUGGCUUCUUGUGGUGUUCUCAGUGAGUUUGUUUUGGACCGGAGCUGUUCUUUGUAAUACCGUUCACGUGAUAGUAUCUGGCAUGGUAUUUCUUGUUCUUAUUCAUGGUGGGCAGAGAGCUACAUCAAUGCCUCCAAAACCAGUUCUGAAGUCACUACAGUAUGCCGUAACAACUUCUUUUGGUAGCAUUUGCUAUGGGUCGCUUUUCACUGCUGCAAUCAGGACUCUGCGGUGGGAGAUCCGAGGAAUUAGGUCAAAAAUUGGAAACAACGAGUGUCUUCUGUGUUGUGUUGAUUUUUUGUUUCAUCUUGUGGAAACGCUGGUUCGCUUCUUCAACAAGUAUGCAUAUGUCCAGAUAGCAGUUAAUGGAAAGAGCUUCAAUCGUUCCGCUAGGGAUGCAUGGGAGUUGUUCCAGUCUACCGGCAUUGAAGCACUCAUUGCUUAUGAUUGUUCUGGUGCUGUUCUCCUUAUGGGCACUAUUUUGGGUGGGCUUCUUACAGGAACAUGUACAGGAGUUUGGGCAUGGUUCAAAAGAAGUGAUAAAGUGCUCAUGGUUGGUUGCACUGCGGCACUGAUGGGUAUGAUAUUGGUGGGGUUAGCUGUAGUAGUUGUCGAAAGUGCGGUCACCUCGAUAUAUAUAUGCUACGCGGAAGAUCCCACAUUGAUUCAGAGUUGGGAUACCGAGUUCUUCAACCAAAUGUCGGAGGCGCUGCACCAGAGACUACAGUAUCGGAGCGCGCGAGCUAGAGAGGGUGAUCCAGUAUGGGCGAUAAAGCAAAGCACUAUCAGUGAUCUCUUGGGCCUGUCGCUUAAUUUCUUCUUCAUCUUGCCAUUAAUGAACUCUGUUGGAAUUCAUGUGAUUGAAGCACCUGUACUUCACCCUGUGGCCGAAGGAUUAUUCAACUUCGUGAUCGGAUGGACAUUUUUGUUUGCCCCUUUACUCUUCACCGAUCGCCGAAGAGACAGAUACAAAGGAUCAUUGGAUCUCUUGUGGGGAUGCCAGAUGUUUCUCACCAAUGUCUUCUUAAUACCUUACAUGGCGAUCCGACUUAAUGAUGCGGACUCGAACCAGUAUCCCACAAAACCAUCUCAGUUGGGUUCAGUGAUGGUAAGAGGUGCGCCCAUCGUGGCUUUAAUUGGUGGAUUUGUCUGCGUUGUCUCGACACUUUGGGCUCUUUUUGGUCGUGCCGAUGGUGGUUUCGGAAGUCUAGCUGAUCGAUGGCUAUAUUUGGGAAAUUAUAUCGGAUCAGAGAGGCUUGCUUAUGCAUUCAUAUGGGAUAUUCUACUUUACGCCGUAUUCCAACCUUGGUUGAUUGGUGACAACCUUCAAAAUGUAAAAGAAGAUUAUACAGAACUCGUAAAUGUCUUAAGAUUCGUCCCUGUUGUGGGCUUGGUUGCAUAUCUCUUGUGCUUGGAUUAUGUAAAAGAGUCCUAGUUGAAGUUUGAAUUUUAAUCAUAUACUUUGUACUAUGUUCAUGAAUUUCAAGAGCUUUUUUUUUUUUUUUUUUUUUUUGUAAUCAAAUUUGCAAAACACUAGAUACUUUUGUUUGACAGUUCGUUUUUGUUCAUCUGAAUGCGACAAAGUGCAAUCAUAUUGUUCAUUUU